UGGAUAUGGUGGGGAGCACAGAGGCGUUGUGAAACCGUGGCCGCCCGGACCCUCUCUUCCUUUUCGUCAACACCACCACCAUCUUCACAUUCUCUCUCUCUCUCUCUCUCUCUCUCUCUCUCUCUCCGCUUUUUCAAGCAUGACCAGCUCCUCCGCCUCCUCCCGCAAGAUUUUGAGUAAGAUUGCUUGCAAUCGGCUCCAGAAGGAGCUCGUGGAGUGGCAGGUCAAUCCUCCGGCCGGCUUUAAACACAAAGUCACUGACAAUCUCCAAAGGUGGGUGAUUGAAGUGAAUGGAGCGCCUGGGACUCUGUAUUCGAAUGAGACCUAUCAGCUUCAGGUUGAUUUCCCUGAGCAUUACCCGAUGGAAGCACCACAGGUUAUCUUUGUGCCUCCGGCUCCAAUGCAUCCUCAUAUUUAUAGCAACGGUCAUAUAUGUUUAGAUAUUUUGUACGAUUCUUGGUCGCCAGCCAUGACUGUUAGUUCCAUCUGUAUUAGCAUUCUCUCAAUGCUAUCAAGCUCCACUGUGAAGCAACGCCCUGAAGAUAACGACCGGUAUGUAAAGAACUGUAGAAAUGGCAGAUCUCCCAAGGAGACGAGAUGGUGGUUCCAUGAUGAUAAAGUGUAAGAUAAAUAUGCACUCUGUUCCAUCAUUAGUGGUUCAAGAAAUUAGAGUAGUUGGGUUUCAUGUUCAGAGGACAGCUAAGGCAAAAAAGAAAGAAGCAUUAUAAAAAAAUGGGAUUUGUCCCUAAUUGCUCAAUAACUCUCUUAUAAGUUGACUAUGGCUGGUACUUGUAAAGCAAGGGGAGCAAUUUGUGUUUCUACCGAUUUGUAAGGAACAAACGAGGUCACAGGAUGUUGGUAUGAGUUCAUAAUUCAAGUUCCUUUCUCUUCGUGUGUUUUCUGGAGGAGGCAAUUCUCCCUCACUUCCUUAGUAGUGUUGGUUUAUAUGUCUACUAUCAUUCUGACCAAGAUUGAUUUUAGUAUGUUAAUGAUUUUGUUGGUGUUUUCUGCAA